GUCAGAGAGACACAAGAGCGAAUGCAAGCAAGCUAACAACAGCAAACAGGUAGAGAAGAGCAGCCCAAAGGAGCUUUCAGAACACCAAGCACAAACCAAACUUCAGGGAAUUUCAGAAAGCUGCUUCAACCACUCAAGACGCUGCCAUCCACCGACAAUGACAACACAACUAAACACCGAUGUGAGACUCAUGCCAUCGCUCCCCGACAAGCUGCAGACAGACGAGCAAAGCUCUCUCUCUCAUGUCGCCUUGCCUUGUGCCGACGAUCAGCCAUCAGAGCCUAGCCCCAUCACCAAGCCCCUUUCCCUGACCUUGAGCGAAGGCUUCGACUCCUCGGCAUCGAGCUCGGGCUCAGAAGACUCGGCGUACGGAAGCGCUCUGUCGUCGGACGAGGGGGUGGGCGUGGGGACGGAGAGCCAGAGCGAUGCUGAGCCCCAGCCAUACGAGUACGACGACGGCAACAGCGAGCUCUUCGCCCAUGUCACCCUCAGACGAAAGCAUCAUGAGGACCUCCGCACCAGAGACAGCGUCAUGCUCGACAGCACGACCGUCACCAGCUACUUCCACAUGCGCCAGAGCGAGGCGGCGGCGGCGUUCGGGAUCUCGCUGACAUCAAGGCCGCAUGCAGGAAGCUCGGCAUCCAGAGGUGGCCGUACAUGCGACAGAAGGCGGCUGCUUCCGCCCAGACCGCCAUGACAGACCCAGACCAGGAGGCCGGCGGGGCGCGUGGGAGGAGGCGCGACCGGCGGGUCACGACGGGCCCAG